AAGUCAUCGGCGCGUCACUCAGUGAUUCUCUCUAACCUAAACUGCAGAGAAAAAAAAAAAGAAACAAAAAGAAAGAAAACCCCCCUCAAAGGAACUUUAUUUCAGCUCACUCGGACUGGAGACAUGACCAAAGAGACUGAGACUCUGGGAGUGGUCUUUCAGAGCGAGAACUUCAACUAUCACAACCGUCUGAACACAAGCUACUUAAUGGACCCCUGGUCCUACCUGGAGAACACCUUGCCGGAGGAGAGCCUGUCCAAACCCAGACUCCACCCAGGGGACGACUUGGCAGCCAUCACCAUGCUUUAUGAACAAUGCAAGAACCAGAAGGAGCAGAAGAUUACCGGCUUGAGUCGAAACGGUAGCGUCUGCAAACCAACAGAGAGGACUCCAACCAAUGACCUUGUCUCUUUGGAGACGUCCGCCAACGUCAUGAAGAUCCUCUCCGAGAGUGCUCCGGCCAGCUACUCCUUGGAGGUGCUAGGAUCCAAGCAGAAUCCGUCACUGCCUCCAAGCGCCGACACCUACGCCACCUUGACCAGCGUGGCGGCGGACACCGACAAGCAGGAUCUCAAUAUCAUCUUUGACUCUAUACUGCAAAAGUGGCCUGAACCCGGCGCUUUUCCUGACCCCAAUGCGGAGACUCUCAACUACAACAGUGGCUAUGCAGAGGACCACUCCAGUCCCGUCUACUCUGGAUCCUAUGCCGGAUCCCCGCCUGAGAGAUAUAGGAGUGAGCUCCAGUUCUCCCUGGGUGCUCCCGCGGCAUCCUCUUACAAAUCCAGUGAGUUGCCCAUGGUCUACCUGAACAAGGGGCAGUUCUAUCCCAUCACCUUGCAGGGAGUGGACAGCAGUGCCUGCAUCACGACGACUAAAGUCAAGACGGUGGUCAUGGCGGUUUUUGAGAACGACAAAACCCCGGAAAUGCAGCUACGCUUUUGGAACCACUGGCACGCACGCCAGCCAACCGUCAAGCAAAGGGUCAUUGACAUCGCCGACUACAAGGAAGUGUUUAGCGGCAUCAGCGACGUGGAAGAGGUCGCGUUCAACGCCCUCUCCUUUAUCUGGAACCCCAACGAAGAAGCCAAGGUGUUCAUCGGCAUCAACUCGUUGAGCACAGACUUCUCGUCCCAGAAAGGCGUGAAGGGCCUGCCCCUCAACCUCCAGAUAGAUACCUACGACUACAGCUCGGGAAGCAACCGGCUCAUACACAGAGCUGCUUGCCAAGUCAAGAUUUUCUGCGAUAAGGGGGCCGAGCGAAAGAUGCGCGAUGAGGAGAGGAAGAGGACCAAGAGGAGGGUGAAGACGACCAAUGAUGCCAAUGCCAACAAGUCCUUGGUAAGCAGCUCCAUGGGAAGUGACUGCACCUUCUUUCAGACCUUGGAAGACCACAUCACACAGCCAGUCCUCUUCAUCCCUGAGGCACAUCUAUCCAACUUACAGCGCAUGGCCCCAACCAUGGACGACAAUGAGAGAAAUUCACUAAAGAGGAGGUACUCGGAAAGAGAGCAGAACAGUUCUCCACCCAGCAAGCAAGCCCGCAGAGAAGAUUCCCAAAGAGUCCUGCUGUACGUGAGGACCAGCGCCGAGGAGGUCUUCGACGCGCUCAUGCUCAGCACGCCAACGCUGAGGGGCCUACGAGAAGCGAUUUCAGGAAAGUACGGCAUGCAAGAAGACACCAUUGGGAAAAUCUACAAGAAAUGCAAACGAGGGAUUUACGUCAACAUGGACGACAACAUCAUCGAACACUACACCAACCAGUCGGCCUUCCUCAUCGAGAUGUCCGAGGCGAACAGCGGUCACUUCCAGGUCACUCUCUUCGAAGUAUGACUCCACUCCAGGAUCCCAGCUGUCUCUUUUAAGCACUACAACAAACAGCAGCAGUGGACUGACACAAAAACAAUAAGAGACCUGGACUGAGCUGACCUUUCAAUUUCGUAAAAAGUCUCCAUUAUUCUUUUUUUGUAAAUACCUCCAUCAAGUUUGAUUGUAAUAUUUGAAGCAUUUAUUAUGUUUUAAGCUUGUACAUAUGAGUUUGUAAAUAGAUUUUAAUAUGACAGUGUUUUGUCAACUAUCAUUUUUCCGCUAUGUAUUUCAAUGGAGCUGUUUUGUGUUGUAUCCAGCAUUUAGCCUGAGCAGGUUGCUACUUUGGCGGCUUAAAACAUACCCGUCGUUUCCUCUAAAGGAAUGUUUUUGUUUUAUAUUACAUGUCAAACGCCUGCUAGUAACGUUUCUCACUGCCGCCUGGUAGUUUCACCACAUCGUUCAUUCAGAACCAAACGUCUCACAUUUCCCGCCGUAAAACCACACAACGUUAGUAUUGUUCGUCAAUUAGCCCAAAAAAAGAAACCAACAACAACAACAACCUGUGGCCAUUUCCUGCUUGUUUGUUUGGUGUAACCACAGAGAGUUCUACUGGAGACAGUACGACUGCAUUCGGAUUUUCAUAGUAUGCAUGGAAUGUGUACGUGUAUGUAUGUGUGUGUGUGUGUGUGUGUGUGGAUUUAUUAUUAUACUUUUUUAUUUUUUAUUUGCUUCUUUAUAUGUUACGCAUCAUUUCAAAGCGAACAUGUAUCCCUGUAGUAUUUCAUUAUCAAAACAAGUUGUGAUAUCGUCAUAUCAUGCCCAUUCUUUUGUACCGAAAUAAAUCAAAGUGCAUAAACGUU